AUGCGCGAAUACUUCCUUAACCCCUCCGGCACCGCCCCAAACCCUGAAUUGAGAGGGAAAGGGUUUGGGAAACAGCGCUUUGCCCCGCUCGCGAGAAAAGUCGCGGAGGCCUUCCCAACCCGCCCAAAGAGGUGCAAUGAGGGUGCUGCAGAGGCAGCAGCAGCUGCUGCAGGGAAGAGAGCAGGUGCUGCUGCUGCAGUGCCUCCAGCAGCAGCAACUGCUGCUGCUGCUGCUGCUGCUGCUGUUCUGGAUUCUUUCCAGCAGCGGCUGCUUCAGACUGGAGCAGCAGCAGCAGCAGCAACAGCAGCAGUAGCUGCCGCUGCGGGCCGCAGCAGCAACAGCAGCGGCAAUGGUUUCUGCAGGCCGCAGCAGCAGCAGCAACCACUGCAGCAGCUGGUACAGGCCGCAGCAGCAGCUGGUGCAGGCCGCAGCAGCAGCAGCAGCAGCAGCAGCAGCUGGUGCAGGCCGCAGCAGCAACUGCAGCAGCAGCUGGUGCAGGCCGCAGCAGCAACUGCAGCAGCAGCAGCUGCUGCAGGUCGCAGCAGCAACUGCAGCAGCAACAACUGCAGCGGGGAGCAGCUGCAGCAGCAGCAGCAGAUUGGUUUUUCUCGUCUUGUACAGUCAUUUGUAUUUUGUCAGUUCCGGCGGCGGCUGCUUCUCAGCUAG